AUGCCGUCAGACACGAGAAGGAAAACCGGGCCAAGUUCUAAAAAACAGACUGAGGAGUGUUCACAGAAGAAUCCAGGUAACACAAAGUCGCCUAGUUCUCCCAGUAAAAAAAGUGUGAGCGAACCGAUAGAAGAAACAACCGUUAAUCGGUCUAUUGUUGACAGCUCUCAGUCUCGCUCUAUUGAUGACAUUAAAACAACUGUUGAAGCUAUAAGAAAUGAUCUAUGGGAGGGUGAUCAGAGCGUAAUUUCAAAAUUAAAAUACGUUGCAGAACAAAGCGAGAGCAAUUAUGACGACAUAUCUUUGCUACGUCAAGAAAACACUCAACUGCGGAGAGAACUGGAAUUACUACGGUCAGUUGUAAUUCGAAUGGACAGAAAAAUGUCUCUUAUGGAACACGAGGUUACGGAUCUUAGGUCAAGGUCUAUGCGAGACAAUAUCCUUAUUCACAAUUAUCCUUACGAACCCAAUGAGGACCUACCCACAUCAAUGCCAGUAACUUUUAAAGAACUUCUAGGGGUGGAUGUUAGUUUUGUAAGGAUUCAUAGGAAUGGGGCACGCCCACAAUACAAUUCUGACCGACCUGUAUCCAUUACUGCAAAGUUGACCGACCGUAGUAAAAUUAACACAAUUCUUUAUGCUCAAAAGCUAAAGAAAAUUGCCAAACAACCAUUACCCUUCUUUAUUACUACACAACAACCUGCAUCCAUUGUAUCCGCUCGAAACAGGGUUUAUGAUACAGCAGAGUCUUUGCGCAGCCAAAACAUCACUGUUAAGAUUCAAAAGAAUCAGAUCAUCUUGCCCAAUGGCUCCAGUUAUAAAGAUGACAUACCAUUUCUAUCAAAUGCGGACGCCUUAUUGGUAACGCCUGAAGAGACAGAACAUCUAGACUCAGUUGAGACAAAAAACUCGGACCCCAUCAAAAAGGACGGCUCGGAAUUUAUGGCUUUCGGUGCUCGAGUUAAGACUGUGGAGGAUGUCAAGAAUAUGUACAGCAAGGUUUUAAUAGAUCCAUAUGCAGCAAGUGCAGAUAAUCGCAUCUUAGUUUAUAGAUUUUCUACAGUAGAUGGUACCGUGCACGAAAAUUAUCAUGAUGAUUGUGAACAUGGGGCAGGGCGCAGACUUUUGCGAUACAUGAGAGAAAAUCAAAUUCACAACACAGCUUUCGUCAUUACAAGAUGGAUGGGCGAAGCCCAUAUUGGACCUCAAAGAUUCGCAAUCGUGGAACAACUAAUAAACGAAGUCGCUAAUUCCAUGGAAAUUUGA